CGUCGCGUCGCGUUCAGUGAAGGUGAGCUGCGUCACGUCAAAGCUGUACGGAGAAGCGCUCAGACACGUUGCGUGAGCUGAACGGAUCCUGCCUCUGGAAAACUAUUUAACUUUUUAGCUACAUACUGUUCAUUUGCGGGAAUAUCAGACCAAAAAAUAAUGCUUUAAAAUGAUUGCACUGUUAAACAUGAGGUUGAACAAGCUAAUUCUGUUCCGUGAAUUGGGAAUCUUCUGUCUUUUGCUGAUAAGCGCGGUGUGGUGCUCCGUUUCUGAGAGGAAAGUAUGUCAGGGAACCAAUAAUAAGCUGACUCUGCUGGCACAGCCAGACGAUCACUACAGAGCCAUGGUGCGGAUGUACAGAAACUGCACAGUCGUGCUGGAGAACCUGGAGAUAACCAAUGUUCAGGAGUACCACGACCUCUCCUUCCUCAGGAGCAUUGAAGAAGUUGGUGGCUACGUACUAAUAGGAAUAAACUAUGUGGAUGUGAUACCCCUGGAAAACCUGCGCCUCAUUCGAGGACAUUCUCUCUUCGAUGGCAAGUACGGCCUUGCUGUGGUGGCAAACUUCCACAGAAAUGAGUCUUUAGAGAGCAACAGCAUCACCAGCGGCCUCCGAGAGCUGCAUAUGAGAAGCCUCACAGAAAUUCUCAAAGGUGGGGUUAAAAUAGUCCAUAAUCCUUUGCUUUGCAAUGUGGAGACCAUACAGUGGUUGGACAUCGUGCAGGAUGACAGUGACGUGAAUGUGUCGAGAGGGAACGACCCUCAGUGUAGACGAUGUGACUCGGGGUGCUAUAAUGGAUCGUGUUGGGCUCCAGGACCAGAGAACUGCCAGACCUUGACUCGGUUGAACUGUGCCGAGCAGUGCUCACGAAGGUGUAAGGGUCCCAAACCCAUCGACUGCUGCAGUGAACAUUGCGCUGCAGGCUGCACUGGACCCCAACCAACAGACUGUCUGGCCUGCAGAGACUUCCAGGACGAUGGGAUGUGCAAGGAUGCAUGUCCACGUCUUAUGCUGUACGACCCCAACACUCACCAACUUGUUCCCAAUCCUAACGGGAAGUAUAACUUUGGAGCCACCUGUGUGAAGAAGUGCCCUUAUAACUUUGUGGCGACCGAUCAUGACGCCUGUGUCCGAACCUGCAGCAGUAACAUGCAUGAAGUGGAGGAGAAUGGAAUAAGAAAGUGUAAACAAUGUGACGGCUUGUGCCCGAAAGUCUGUAAUGGUCUUGGGACGGGGGCACUUGUUAACACCAUCGCAGUCAAUGCGACCAACAUCGAUUCAUUUAUCAACUGCACUAAAAUAAAUGGGCACAUUACAAUAAUGCGGAUGACUUUUCAAGGGGAUGUUUUUACAAAUACUCCAAGCAUGGACCCUGUGAAACUCGAUUAUUUCAAAACAGUGAAGGAAAUUUCAGGGUUUCUGUUAAUCCAAGGCUGGCCUGAACAACUCAAUUCCCUCAGUCCCUUUGAGAACCUGGAGAUCAUCAGAGGAAGAACUAAACAAGGAACAGUCAGUUUUGCAGCCUUAAACAUACCGCACUUGGAUCAUCUCGGACUGCAUUCGCUGAAGGAGAUCAGCGAUGGCGAAGUGGUGAUCAGGAACAAUUCCCGCCUCUGUUAUGUUGAAGGCAGCUACUGGCCUAAGCUGUUCAGAUCAGAGAACCAGCGCAUACGAACUGAAAACAACGCACCAAUGCACAGCUGUGAGCAGCAGAACAGUACCUGUGAUAGUAUGUGUGGAGAGGAAGGCUGCUGGGGUCCGGGGCCGUCCAUGUGCGUCUCCUGCCAGCAUGUCAGCCGUAAGGGGCGCUGUGUCAGUCACUGCAACGUGCUGGAUGGAGACCCCCGCGAGUAUGUGUCAGAGAACGUGUGUUUGGAAUGUGACCCUGAAUGCAAGAUCCUGAACAGGACACCAAGCUGCCAUGGGCCAGGAGCUGAUCAGUGUACUGAGUGUGCUCACUUCAAAGAUGGGACGCAGUGCGUGGCACAGUGUGCCCAAGGCCUUUAUAACAGGCUUGUCUGGACGUACCCAGACAAAAAUGGACAGUGUCAGCCAUGCCAUGCCAACUGCACGCAAGGGUGCAGUGGACCAGGACUGGAAGGUUGUGAACUGAAAGGAUCUCACAUGCCUGUAGUGGCGGCUGGUCUUGUUGGAGGCAUGCUACUACUUAUGGUCCUCCUCCUUUUCAUCUUCGUCAUUUUCCGCAGACGAUACAUCCGACGAAAGAGGACCCUACGGCGCCUGCUUCAGGAGAGAGAGUUGGUCGGACCGCUGACUCCCAGUGGGGAAGCACCCAACCAGGCUCUCCUUCGCAUCCUAAAGGAAACAGAACUGAAGAAAAUAAAAGUCCUUGGGUCUGGAGCAUUCGGCACUGUCUUCAAGGGUUUGUGGAUCCCAGAGGGUGAGGAUGUGAAAGUUCCUGUUGCUGUCAAAGUUCUGAGAGAGGUUGCAUCUCCCAAAGCCAGCAAAGAGAUCUUAGAUGAGGCCUAUGUGAUGGCCGGUGUGGAUCAUCCUCACAUGUGUCGUCUGUUGGGAAUAUGCCUUACGUCCAGCAUCCAGCUCAUAACCCAGAUCGUGCCUUUCGGCUCCCUGCUGGAUUACGUACAGGAGAAUAAAGACAAUAUCGGCUCACAGACUCUGUUAAACUGGUGUGUGCAGAUCGCCAAAGGAAUGAACUACUUGGAGGAGUGUCACCUGGUUCAUCGUGAUUUAGCGGCCAGGAAUGUGCUGGUGAAGACUCCUAACCAUGUGAAGAUCACUGACUUUGGCCUGGCCAGACUGCUGGGUGCAGAGGAGAAGGAAUAUCAUGCUGAUGAAGGGAAAGUGCCUAUAAAGUGGAUGGCACUCGAGUCAAUUCAUCACUGGACUUACACUCAUCAAAGUGAUGUUUGGAGUUACGGGGUCACCGUGUGGGAGUUGAUGACAUUUGGAUCCAAACCAUACGAUGGAAUCCCAGCCAGAGAGAUUGGAGAUGUUCUGGAGAAGGGAGAGCGUUUGCCACAGCCGUCCAUCUGCACUAUAGAUGUAUAUAUGAUCAUGGUCAAAUGUUGGAUGAUUGACGCUGACAGCAGACCUCACUUCCGUGAACUUGUAGCAGAGUUUUCAAAAAUGGCCCGAGAUCCAUCCCGCUACGUUGUCAUUCAGGGAGAUGAUCACAUGUACCAGCCCAGCCCGACGGAUUCGAAGUUCUGCAUGUCGUGGAUCAGUACAGAAGAUAUGGAUGGUGUGGUAGAUGCGGAGGAAUACCUGCUGCCCAACAAACGAUUCUUCAACCAAUCACUACCACCACCAACACCUCAGUAUCACAAUACAGCAGACAACUACACGAAUGGUGUGAUGUUGCACUACAUUACAGACCCCACGCUUAAAGACCUCAUGCUGCCAGAGUACAUUAACCUGGACGUAACCGAAACAAGCAAUAUGAUAAACCCAAACUACGAAGAUCCGGCCCGUGGACAGACAGAAAACGGAUACAUAGACACGUACGGAUGUAAACCUGACGGACCGGAGUACCUGAACACGUCCUGCACUACUCUACCACCCUCCCCAUGCGCCACCCUCGAUAACCCGGACUACCAGCAGAACUUCCUGUCCUCGUCCACCACUGAUGCUCUUUUCCUCCCUGCGGCAGAGAACUCGCACUACCUGGGGCUCAGCAAAGCCAUGCAGUCUCACAUACGUUAGAUCAACGGUAUGAAAGUAUGAACUGCACUGCUUGAACGUGUUAGUAUUGCAGCUACGUUGAGAACAGUGAGGACGUCAGGUCCAGAUAUGCUUGAAGGCGAAUGCUGUAAUUAUCUGAUUCUUAACGGGGGUUUGAGACAUUAACUGUGAGUAAUGUGUUGAAUGUCAAGCUAGAGCACAUUUCAGUAUUUCUGUAUAAUAUGAGUAAUAGUUAAUGCUUUUGAUAAAUGUUGUCAUCUGAUGUAGCUUAAUCUAUUGAACCAAAACAUAAUUGAGCUAUUAAUACUUCAUAUAGUUAAACUGUCAUCAUUUUUACACUGAUUUGGUGUAAAGUAUUUGGAAACGGCACUCGCAAUCCCCAUGUUACUUCUGCAAUAUACAGCGUUCAAAACAACUGAGGUUAGUAUGUAUUAAUUAUUAUUAUAAAUUAUUAUUUAUUAUGUUAAUUGCAACUUUUUCUCUCACACUUUGGACUUUUUUUCCUCUUAAUUCUGAGUUUGUAUCUCAUGAUGUAGACUUUUUCUAGCAUUUUUUUCUCAGAAUUGUGAGGCUAUAAUCUCUCACACAAUUCCAAGCUUACAUCUUGCAUUUCCGAGUUUACAUCUCACAAUUUUUUUUCUUUUUGAUAAUAAUUGGAAAUGUUUCUUGAGCAGCAAAUUAGCAUAUUAGAAUGAUUUCUGAAGAUCAUGUGACACUGAAGACCGGAGUAAUGAUGCUGAAAAUUCAGCUUUAAAUCACAGAAAUAAAUUACAGUUUAAAAUAUUUUAAAAUAGUAAACCAUUAAUUUAAAUUGUAAUAAUAUUUCACAAUAUUACAGUUUUACACGGUCAUACAAACACUGACUUUUAACCCUGGACUGCAGUUAAUGGACCCUCUAAUUCUUCAAGUGACCGUCCACAUUUGGUUUUAAUAAUUUAACAACUGUUGUAUUAAUUGAAAGAAACAGGCUUUCUGAUGUUAAAAGGUUCUUAUAACACUUUUUCAUUUUGUUUUAAAAGACUGCUUGAUUUCUGUCUGAACACAUUCACCCAAGUGUGCACUUAUCACACAAUCUACUUCUAAAUUACACAUAAAAACAGGCCAUUUUAUUUGAACUCUAUAGGAUCCUAUUAAUAUUUAAUUAAGUGUUACUUAAAAUUUGUUGGCCACAUCCACUUCAUUGACCAAAAAUGUUGAAUAUAGUCAGAAAGAAGUCUUAAAAUGUAAGUUUGACUGUGAAACCAUGUUCUGUUUCACUGAGACAUUCAUAUUUAGUAGAGUAUUUAAAUGUACUUCAUGUAGCACAAUCCUCCGAAGAUCUACUGUAUUACACACCUGUGAAUGUCAGUUUUAGGAUAUGUAGAUUUAAAAUGUGAUUUAAAUCUGUAUGGAUACUUUGUUACAUUGCAGUGUUAUUAAAAAUUGUGUUUAAAUGUGAAAAUUAAGUAUGUUUUGUGACACCGGCACAAACAUUAGUGAUGCUGAGGAU